AAAAUUGUAUAUAAACUCAUUAUUAAUUAACAAUUGUCAUACUGAUUACUGAGUCCAACUGACUGAGUCAAACAAAUCAUCCAUUAUCUCAAAUAUAAUACAACACUUUCCAGCACUGCUAGAAGAGUCAUAAUGCCAGCAGCCAGAGAAUUCGUUGAGAGUGCUAUUGCAGCAGAUACUGUUGUUAUUUUCUCCAAGAGCAGUUGUCCAUACUGCAAGAUGGCUAAAGAGGUUUUUGAUAAAUUAAAUCAAGCUUACAAGGCAAUUGAGCUCAAUGAGAGAAAAGAUGGUGAUGAAAUUCAAGAUGUACUUUUGGAAAUGACUGGUGCAAGAACUGUUCCAAGAGUAUUUAUCAAGGGUGAAUGUAUUGGAGGUGGUACUGAUUGCAAAAAGAUGUUUGACAAUGGUGAAUUACAAAAGAAAUUGUAAUUAUAUCCAUUUGUUUUGUCUCCAAGAAAUUAAUUUGAAUACAAGAUGAGCAUCACAGCAACCAAAAAUAUGAAAAAAAAUAUUUAAUUAACAUCGUUUAAUCAUUGUAUUGAUGGCAAUUUUAUUUGUAUAAUUUUUUCAGUUUCUUUCAAGUUUCUUGUUACUUAUUUUGGCAAAUUGUUUUUGCAUUUUGUAUAAUUUUUUUUCUUCAAUCAUUGUCAAUUUUUGUUAUACAAUUAUUUAGCUUAUUUGAAUUUUCUUUUGUAAAAAUUAAAAAUAAAAUACAUAAUUAACUUCAAAUUAUAUAACUUAUUUAUUAUUUUAC